AUGGAAGAGCGCGAUUUGCUUGAAUGCUGUGGAAGCAUCAAGUUUGCAUCGGAGAUGGCUUCUGCUUCUCCAUUCUCCUCGUUGCAACACGCACUCGAUGUGGCCUCCAAUAUUUGGUGUAACAAGCUUAAUGUGCAUUCUUGGCUGAUAGCACUCAAUGCUCACACCAAUAUCUGUGAAAAGUCGCCCUUCUCACAUGCAUUCUACACUAAUACCCCAAUGGAUUCUAUUACAGAGGAGAUAUAUGCACUUAGCGUGCAGUAUCUGCAAAGGCAUGGAUUUCCAUAUUUUACUACUUCUUCUGAAUGGGAUGCAGAUGUUAUACUAAUGGAUCUAAAGGAACUUUUAGUGAUCUUUUCGAAUGCAAAUUUUCCCUCCGAAGCAGCUAAUAAUGAUAACUUGACUGCUGAUGAAGAUGAUUUUGAUCUAAAUAUAGAUAUAAAUAUGUACAUUAUCUAA